AUGUCGCUCGUUAAUGAGAACGUUGAUCACCGCGUCAGUGGAGACUCGAAGAAUCCCCGCAAUGAAGCCGUCUCGCUGCGUGAGCCUGUGAGUGUGAUGGGUCAAGGCAGUCCAGGUGUUCGUCGCAUCGAAAUUAUUACAUCGCACUUCCGAUUGUCCGAUCGGAUAUGUCUCUUUUUCGCUAUUUUCCUGAUCGCCUAUGUAUAUGGGUUGGAUGGAACUGUUCGCUAUACAUACCAGCCCUAUGCAACUCAAAGUUACGGUCAGCACAGUCUUCUUGCGACUAUCAAUGUUCUCCGAGCCGUCAUCGCUGCUGCAGCACAGCCUACUGCGGCAAAGGUUGCAGACGUAUUCGGCAGAGUGGAACUUAUCCUCGUCUCGAUCCUCUUUUAUACCGUGGGUACUAUUGUGGAAGCAUGCGCAACGAGUGUGGAAGGUUUCGCCGCGGGAGCCGUUAUCUACCAGAUUGGAUACACUAUUAUUAUGCUUCUGGUUGAAGUCCUAAUCGCCGAUGUGACUUCUAGCCGAUCCCGUCUCCUUUUCUCCUAUAUUCCGGCCACGCCGUUUAUCAUAAAUACGUGGAUCAGCGGCAACUUGACAUCCGCCGUUCUCAAAGUCACCACAUGGCAAUGGGGCAUUGGCAUGUUUGCUAUCAUCUAUCCUGUGUGUGCUCUCCCUCUUAUUGGAGUUCUUCUCGUCGUCCAGCGACGCGCAAAGAAGUCAGGGGCCCUUGAAUCGUACAAGAGCUCCCUCCAGGUCAUGGGAAAAAGACAACUGGUUGUAGAACUGUUCUGGCAUCUGGAUAUUGUCGGCAACAUUCUGUUGAUUGCCAUGUUGGCGUGUAUCCUUGUUCCGUUCACUCUCGCCGGAGGUGUAAGUACACAAUGGAAAACAGCAAAGGUAAUUGCGCCACUUGUCAUAGGCGUUUUGCUCAUCCCGGUCUGGAUUUUCUGGGAGAGAACCUGCAAACACCCGAUGCUGCCAUUCAACCUUCUCAAAGACCGUGCUGUCUGGGGCGCCCUCGGAAUCCCUGUCAUGCUCAACACUGCGUGGUAUCUGCAAGGUGAUUUCCUAUACACUGUGCUUUUCGUCAGCUUCGAUGAAUCAGUUUCCAGUGCGACUCGGAUCACAUCUCUUUACAGUUUUGUGUCCGUUAUCACAGGAGUUAUCCUCGGCCUCAUCGUCAUGAAGGUUCGCCAAUUGAAGCCCUUCAUCGUGGCCGGAACCCUCCUCUUCAUGGUUGCGUUCGGAAUCCUCAUAUAUUUCCGAGGUGGCGCUGCGAGCUCCAGUCAUUCUGGUGUCAUCGGUGCGCAAGUUCUGCUAGGUAUUGCUGGUGGAAUGUUCCCUUACCCAGCUCAAGCCAGUAUCCAGGUUGCGUCUAAACACGAACAUCUCGCUGUCAUAACUGGUCUUUACCUCGCCGCCUACAACAUUGGUAGCGCACUAGGAAACACAAUUUCUGGUGCGAUUUGGAACCAAGUCUUGCCUUCUGAACUAAACUACAGACUCGGCAAUGAAACCCUCGCUGCGUAUGUCUACGCCCAGCCUCUUGCGUUUGCUGCCGUCAACCCUGUGGGUACGCCCGACCGAGACAAUGUCAUUCUAGCCUAUCAGAAGACGCAGCGUCUGCUGUGCAUCACGGGUAUCUGCUUGACAGUCCCUUUGAUUGCCUUUGCCCUGGUCAUUCGUAACCCGACACUCACGAAGGAGCAGAGUCUUGCCAAGGCGGAGGCGGAGAGCAGUGAUUCCGAUUUUUCAACUCGUUAA